CACAGAGACUUUGUUGUUUGAGCUGAUAGUUUAACAGUGAAAUGAUGCUCGGCGCUGUUGAAACAGACAUUUAGGGUCGUCUGAAUAGACAACCUAGCUUUUUAGUGUUGUGUUUGAGUUGGAAGAGAAAUCAUUAUGCAGCUUUGACAGCUCCGAUUCUUCCCGUCUGGAAGCUGAUUGGCUAAGUUAAACGUAGGCUCAGCGUCUGUCAAGAAAAAGAAUUGAAGAGUCCAAGCAGCACAUUGUUCAUCCUGUUUAACCAUCCUGACAGUGCAGCUGUAGGUGCAGCUCCGAUAUGACUAAGAGAAGCCCAUCUCUUCAGCUUGUCAAAAGGAUGCUGAACCAUCACUGCAGAAGGAACCCUGAGCUUCAUGAGGAGCUGCAGAUCCAGGCUGCAGUGGCAGCGGGAGAUGUCUGCACUGUCAGGAGAAUGCUGGAGCAAGGGUACUCACCUAAGAUCCGUGAUGCCAACGGCUGGACGCUGCUCCACUUCUCUGCUGCCAAAGGAAAAGAGAGAUGUGUUCGAGUAUUUCUGGAGCAUGGAGCUGACCCCACAGUAAAGGACUUUAUUGGUGGCUUUACAGCACUUCACUAUGCUGCUAUGCAUGGCAGAGCACGCAUUGCCCGUCUGAUGCUGGAAUCUGAGUUUCGCAGUGACAUUAUCAAUGCAAAAAGCAACGAUGGCUGGACACCGCUCCAUGUGGCUGCCCAUUACGGUAGAGACUCAUUUGUACGCCUCCUCCUCGAGUUCAGGGCCGAGGUGGACCCAUUGAGUGACAAAGGGACCACACCACUACAGCUAGCCAUCAUCCGCGAGCGAUCCAGUUGCGUACGGAUCCUCUUGGACCACAGCGCCAACAUUGACAUUCAAAAUGGGUUCCUGCUGCGGUAUGCUGUCAUCAAAGGCAAUCACUCAUACUGCCGCAUGUUUCUGCAAAGGGGUGCAGACACUAAUCUUGGACGUCUUGAAGACGGCCAGACUCCCCUACACCUUUCAGCCCUCAGGGAUGAUGUGUUGUGCGCCGAGAUGCUUUACACAUAUGGGGCUGAUACCAACACCAGGAACUACGAGGGCCAGACGCCGUUAGCUGUAUCUGUUAGUAUGUCUGGAAUCAGCCGGCCCUGUCUGGACUUCCUGCAGGAGGUCACCAGACAACCAAGGAGUCUACAAGACUUGUGUCGGAUAAAAAUUCGUCACAGCAUUGGCCUUCAAAGCUUGAAAUUCUUGGAGGAUCUACCAAUUGCAAAGGUUAUGAAAGACUAUUUAAAACAUAAGUUUGAUAGUGUGUGAAGGCAACAUCAAUAGAAGAGGUGAGGUCACCUAAAAAGUCUUCUAUCAUUUAUAAAGACUAUGCAAUCACUAUGCUAGGCCUGGAAGAAUCUCAACAGGUUGAUUCUACACAUGCUAAAGGACAGUGUGUUCGGUUCGUCCAGUUCAACUUAUUAAAAGUGAAGGUUUCAGCCUGUUAGAGCAGUAGCUUAAGAAUGGAAAUGGAUCCAUCUCAUGUGAACAGAGGUUGGUUUUUGAGGGGAAAAUAACCUAAUUUGACUGCAAAUAACAGUUACUACAGUUAGCAUUACCAUUUAUGUUAUUACUGUAAAAAUGUGCAUGAUGUUAUGUUAUGCCGGGUCAGAUUGUCAUCAAGUGCAUAAAUGCCAAUGAGUCUAAUAGAGAUAGAAAGAGAAAUAGAAAGGCAGUUCUGCAUUGAAAAGAAAGUAAGAAGAAAAACUGAAACUUCAAAUCACAGUCUGAGUCAAAAUUAACAGUAGCCAUAUUAGUUAAAAUACUACCCCAUUAAUAUUAAAACAUGUUUACUGCUUUUUAUAGCAUACAUGGGGACAGCCUACUAACCUCUUUGACUAGCCAGAAGUCAUCUGAUCACCUAACAUCAGUCAGUCAUUCAGGCAGCAAAAACAGCAGCCAAUCUGGUGUAAAUUUAGCUCUAAAAUUGAAUUCUGAAAUGACGGUUCAUAAUUAAAAUUGGGUUUAAUCUAAAAUGUCAGACUGCAUAAGUAAAGUAAAGCAAAAUGACAAUUCAGAAAUGUCCAUACUAAUGUCUCCUAGCUAACUGCUGAUGUUUUUUAACUGAACUGCUGAAUUGUAAAGUAGACACAGGUGAAAGAAGAUUUUCAAGUUUAGGGCUGCUUCUGGGUGUUGUAAUAAAAUCAGGGUGUGUAUCUUUGAAAAUGAUAUACACAUUGAUUGAAGCUACUUGGGCAACUACUUUUUUAGUUAUCAUACAUAGAACUUGCACAGAUGCAUUUUAUGUCAUCAUGACCCAAGCAAGAAUAUAACCUGCAGUUAAAUGAUUUUGGAUGGUUAGAAAUAAUUUGAUACUACCAACUGAAGACCAACAGCAUUCUUUAGUACUGAAACAAAGUUGCUUUAUCCAUUUCUACACUAUAUGUAGUAUAUUUGAGUUUGAAGUGAGUGCACUUUGAUAGAUUUCUGCUCUGAAAGCACCACAUUUACUUAAGCAGUUGUUGAUGGAAUCCUGAAAAAUGAAGUCUGGUUUUGGUAACACUGACACACAAUCGCUACAAGCUACAGUCAAUGUAAAUAUGUUACAUGUUCAACAGAUAUUUUUGUAGAAUUUAUUUAAGCAAUGAUCUCUGGUAUUAAUGUAUUUAAAGUUUGGAAAGUAUUGUGAACUGUUUGGUGUGACUCAAGUAUUUCUUUUUUGUGUGUCUGAGUUCAAAUACUCUGUUGUACAAGAAUAAUUUGGAAUCAAGUGUUUUUUGAUUUUAUGGCAGAAAUGUUGCUUUCUUAAAAUUCAUCAUAUCUUGCAGGUAACUUUGUUGUGGAGAUUAUACUGUGAAUUUCUCAUUUUGACAAUUCCAAAUAAAAUGUAGGAUUUGGGGUCUAAAUAAUGCCCACACUACUUUUUCCUUUGUUGCUGUGCUGUAAAUGGUCUACUCACAAAUCCAUUCUAGCAACGUUCACUUGCAUUCAAGAUUGAUGAAAUGAUUUGUAUGAUUUAGUGGCAUCUGGUGGUGAGGCAACUGAAUACUCGUUAAACCCCCCCCACACUCCCCUUUCAAGCAUAUAGGAGAAAUAAUAGCUUUGCAAAUAGACCCUCUCUAGAGCCAGUGUUUGGUUUGUCUGUUUUAGGCCAGUGUAAAAACAUGGCGUUGCAACAUAACUGAUUCCUUGGUAGAGAACCCACUCCCCAUGUAGAUAUAAAGGGCUCAUUCUAUGGUAACGAAAACACAACCAUUUUUAUUUUCAAUUGAUUAAACUUAAUUAAAACAUAUUUAUGGAGAUUGUAUUCCAUUUUUAUAUUCCGUUUCUGUCAGAUUUGUUCCAUUAGAUGCCACUAGAUUCUACACAUUGCACCUUUAACAUGUUAAUGUCAUUUUCUUAUUUAAUUUUGCAUGAUUGUCUGCAGCUUUGUAUUGGGACGUUUUGUGAAAAGUGCACAUUUUGAAUUGCUAACAAUGUGCUCUAUGCAGGUAAACUGAGAGAAAUACCUUUUCUCUGCCACAAAAAAAUGGCUUACAAAAAACCUAAGCUGGCAGUGAGUGGGGUCAACGGUGAGUGUGUAGGUCAGGAGAGUUACACUGAAUAGAUAUUUUAUUUUUAAUGACUGACCACAUCCAUAAAGAUACACAGUUGUGUCUCAUUUCAGAGGCCACAUCUGUCAAAGUCUGCCUUUCAAGAAGGAAUACCAUGUUCCAGGUUAAAAGGACCUGUCCUAUAUUAGUCUGAAUGUGAAGGACACCGCCAGUGUGUCAUUAGUGUCCCUGAAUGCCCCUUUACAAGAAGAAUUACCAAACGGUCACCACACAUGCCUCAACUGAUAUAGUUCAGUUUGACACAGACUGACAUUUAGUGAACAUUUCAGAUCACUGUUAUCGCCCAAUUUAUAGAGGCUUUCAUUCACUGCAUUCUUCAUUGUUAUUUGUUUAAUGGUGCCCUUGUGAAGUAUAGUAAUGUAUUUGGGUCAUCACAAACUUCUUUGGAACUUUAUGCAUAUACUUUAAAAGUAUAUCCUACUUUUGUCAGCUAUUUAAGACCUAAUGAUAAACUUAGAUUUUGCUAAGGAUGACCUGACUUUGUUUGGUCCUGCCUUUGUCAGGUUCAGCUCAGUGGCCCUCAGUACUUUGAAGUACACACUUCUAUUAAAGAGACAGCCACUGAAAUGUAACUAACAAAACCAGGAGUGUUAUGCUGGGAACACACCGAAAGGUGGUCUGCAGCGAGUUGCCAUGCAAUCUCUAUGUAAACUCAGCCACCGCCACCCAGCCGCUAUCCACCACCAGUUUACAUAGAGAUUGUGUGGCAACUCGUUGCAGACCACGUUUCAGUGUUCCCAGCGUUAGUUUAGCUAGGAUUUUACUGGCCCCAAUUUCAGAAUAUUACAUUUGUUUUUAAGUACAUGACCUAAUUUUUUCAUGUUAGUGCAGGAGUAUUUUUACUGAUGCCUUCGAUCCAAUCAAUUUGACUUGAUACUGCUAAAUCUGAUAAUGGUACCUUUUGAAUAGUAAAGUUUGGAUACAACUCCCUCCCUUUUCUCACUCAUUUUUUGACUGUGCGGUGUUCUGCCAGAAUAUUCUCCAACAUAUUUCAUUUCUGCUUCAUGUUCCGUAGUGUCCGUCAUUCUGUACUUGAUUCUGGAUUUGAUAUGAUGCCAUUUUGCAGCAGCAGUUUUGUAUUGUGUGUGAAUGAGUCUGUCACACAUUUACUGCCUUCUCCAAUCAGUUCCUCAGCAGACUUUGGUUGUCACAGUCAGGGAACACUUCAUAUAUGUCUUAGGUGGCUAUCAAAUGGCUGUAAGUCUUCCACACCAUUAACUACUGAAUGUACAGAAUAUGCAGAUUUUCAAAUGUAAAAAAUAAGAUAUGUGAAUAAACUAAAGUUAAUGUUU